GCGCUACAAGAAAAUCUAUAUUAAUUCCCAGUCUUCAAUCAUAGCAGCAGUACAUUGCCAUGCUCUUAUACUAAUAAAGUGAUCGGUGAAAAGGACUUUCAGCCGUAUAAAACGGUUUUAUUGCCGUAUACUAGCACAUAUUAAUAUAUCGGUGUAAAAUAAGAACUAAAAAGCGAUUUAAAUAAAAUAAUUUUAUAUUUUUGCAAAAUUUAUUAAAAUUAUAAAAGAACAUAAUUUUUUGUUGAAUAUCGUUGACUAUAUCGGAGAGAAUGAGUGACGAAUUGACCAAGGAGCAAACUGCAUUGCUGCGUAACGCAUUUAAUGCGUUUGAUCCAGAAAAAAAUGGAUACAUAAAUACAGCAAUGGUGGGUACUAUUCUUAGUAUGUUGGGACACCAACUAGAUGAUGCUACUCUGGCUGAUAUUAUCGCUGAAGUCGAUGAAGAUGGAUCCGGUCAAAUUGAAUUUGAAGAAUUUACCACAUUGGCUGCUCGGUUUUUAGUUGAAGAGGACGCGGAAGCCAUGAUGGCUGAAUUGAAAGAAGCCUUUCGCCUUUAUGACAAAGAAGGAAAUGGUUACAUCACCACAGGUGUACUUCGUGAAAUUCUUCGAGAACUCGAUGAUAAACUCACAAACGACGAUUUAGACAUGAUGAUUGAAGAAAUUGAUUCAGAUGGAUCCGGAACCGUAGAUUUUGAUGAAUUCAUGGAAGUAAUGACUGGUGGUGACGAUUAAUAACAAAAUAUAUCUUUUGCUUAUAUUUUCCAAUUUUCUUUUAAAAUUUACUCAAUUCAAUGUUAGGUUAUAUGAAUCAAGAAAUAAAAAAUCGGAAUCCUUCAGA